GGAGUGAAUAUGAUGAUGAUUCUGAUGAAACCACAUCAACGGUUUCAACACCACCAGGUUCGCCGUCAAGAACCAGAAAGGUAAGUGAUGUAACCCCUUAUCUUUUUACGAUAAAGUUAGCAUUCGAAUGUUUCAUGUAA